AUGUCAGGUAGACAAGGAGGUAAAGCUAAGCCAUUGAAGGCACCAAAAAAGAAGACUCAAGACAUGGAUGAUGAAGACAUGGCCUUCAAAAACAAACAAAAAGCCGAUGCUGCUGCCAAAAAAGCUAUGAUGGAAAAAGCCAAGAAAGGUGGUCCAUUAGUUGGAGGAGGUAUCAAAAAGUCAGGUAAGAAGUAG